AUGCACUUUGUUCCUUCCACUGUUCAGCCGCCAAAUCAACCGACGGCAGCAUCUCUUAUCACCAAGCCCAGUACGGCUCACGCCAUCAAGCCAAACGCGACCAUCAACCAGAACAUUCCUCCUGUGAUUGCAAAAUCUAAACACGUCAUCGAGCCCAAAGUUGUCCGCACUGGAGAGGAUCGCAACUGGGCCCUGUUGAUGAAGCUUAUCGGCGACUUCUGGGAAGACCGUGGGCAUCUCAUUGCUCCCAUGAACCUCACGACUCACAAUAACGACCCUAACGGUAUCCAUGUUUUUGUCGACGCAAGCAACAUAUUCAUCGGCUUUACGGACCAGUUGAAGCGCGCUCGGGGCAUUCCUUCUUAUGCGCAGGUGCCUCAAGUGGACCUUUCUUUUGACGCAUUGGCUCUGCUCAUGGAACGAAGACGACCUGUCGCUAAAAGAGUCUUGGCGGGCUCGACCCCACAUCUGCCAGCCUUCGACAAGGCGAAAGCUGUGGGCUAUGAAUGUAGCAUCCUGGAGAAAGUCUAUAAAGCUCGCGAACUUACCGAACGCCAGCUCUUCUUCAAGGAACACGACCGCUUUGGCCGCCCUUAUAGCGGCGGUAGUGGCUCGGAAACGGGCAGCACGCCGCAGUACGCUCCAGCACGCAUGAUCGAGCAGGGUGUGGACGAGAUAUUGCAUCUCAAGAUUCUGGAGUCUGUCAUUGAUGCCGAGAAGCCUUCGACGAUUGUUCUCGCUACUGGCGACGCGGCGCAGGCUGAAUACAGCCCCGGUUUCAUGGUCAUGGUGGAACGCGCAUUGAAGAAGGGAUGGAAGGUGGAGCUCGUGAGUUGGAGCCAUAACAUCAGCAAUGCGUACAAGAGGCGGGACUGGCUUGAAGCGUGGGGUCAGCACUUUAGGGUGGUGUAUCUGGACGACUAUGCUGAGGAGCUACUCGAGAUGUAA